GACCAGAAACUUUUGAACCAUGUGCUAAGGGUUGGAAGCUUCCAGGAUCAGAGGACGUUGUUUACCUGAAUCCUAAAGGUGGUUCUACAACCACAGAGACAUGCACCAAAACUCAGCAGCAGCCCAUAAGCUAUAAUCCAAUAUGCAAAAACUUUAGAGAUCAGCUGGACAAAAUUGGGAAGAAACCAAUAUCCCAACAAACUGAACAGGAACAACAAUUAAAGGAUUUUCUAGGAUCUGAUCCUGAGGAGGUUGUCCUGGUAUCCCAAGAUGAGCUGAGAAAUAAAAAUUCGGGUUUCAAAAAAGUUCAUUGUUUUAUGACUGGAAUCCUGGGAGGUGGUUGGUGUGGCGUGUGUAAGACCGGAGCUAAACCGGGUGAGGGUGGAUACUGCAAGGAUGGAGUAGCUGAACCUGGAGAAGAUCAAGGCUGGGGGUUUUGUCAAGCAGUGUGUGGAAUGGAAAAGGUAGCUACUUCGAGACUGAGAAUGGCGUAUCUCUACACCCUGAACCUCACAAUCUGUAAAGAAUUGUUAACCCUAAAAGCAGAGGGCGAACAUGAAGCUGCCUACAUAGACACUGAUGUAGAGCUUUGUGCAGGACAUUUGUCAACUGUUAAUUCAUCUGUUGUCAGCUACACACUUAAAGACAAUGAAUAUGCUUUCCAGCUAGAAAAAAUUAAUCACGAAGAAUUAAGAUCAUCCAGAAUAACUAACUCAUCCCAUUUCAAGUACAAUAACAUGUUGCUUGGUGGAGUAGAUUCCUGCUCAGGUGACAGUGGAGGUCCUCUCUGGGUGACUGAAAGUGUAUAUCUAAAUGGUGGGAGUCAAAAGAGAGCAUAUCUUGUUGGUAUUGUUAGUAGGGGCAGAGAAUGUGCUAACAAGGAUCUACCAGGUGUUUAUGGGCGAGUAAAGACAGUUCUUGAUUGGAUAAAAGAAAUAGCUUCAGCUCCUCAAAAUUAUUCAAAAAAAGGAGAUUUUGGUCUCAAUGAUAUUCUACUAAGGAUUGGAGAAACAAGAAUGAUAACUCCGUUUUGGGAGGAACCACCGGAUAGAUCUGGAAAUAUCAAAAAAAAGAAACACAAGAAGAAUAAGAAAAAAAGAUCCAAG